UUGAGGAUCAAGAGGGAAAGGGUAGGUGAAAGACUGAAGGCGAGGACAGAGCCCGGCAGCCUGCCCACAUGCUUUGCCCCUGCCAGUGGUAACUGGUAACCGACCUGGAUCUUCUCGGAUCCUCGCCGCCUCUCAUCUGCGUCAGUUGCUUCUGCUCUUCCCGACUUCGAUCGAACGGAGCGUUCCUGCCUCUCGUCCCUCCGUUGCUAUCCGGUGAGGGUCAGGAAGACUUCAUUGGUAAGACAGUCACCUAGCAGAGAUGGCAGUGCCGAUCUCCACAAGACAGCCUCUGCGGAUUGCUAUGACGCCAAACAGUGGGCACCUGAGAUCAGCUGCAGUUAGAAUAACCUGUUUUGCUAAGCAAACUACUACUCACAAACCUUUAUCAUAUAGUUUGGAGGAGGCCAAAAUAAAUGAGCCUGUAGUCAAAAUGUGUGGCAUUACAUCUGCCAGGGAUGCCGCAAUUGCUGCAAAGGCUGGCGCUAAACUUAUUGGGAUGAUUCUUUGGCCCAAUUCCAAACGCUCGGUCCCAUUAUCCGAGGCCAAGGAGAUAUCCCGAGUAGCCAAAUCUUACGGGGCUGAACCAGUUGGCGUGUUUGUGGAUGAUGAUGAAGAGACCAUCUUGAGAGCGUCCAAUUCAUGCGACCUUGAACUUAUCCAGCUCCAUGGAGAUAGCUCCCGAGAACUACUUCCUGUGCUUUGGAAGAAUAACCGAAUUAUAUAUGUGCUUAAUGCUGAUGAGGAUGGUAAACUUAUCAAUGCUGCUCCAAGUGAAGAAUAUGUUGUCGAUUGGUUUUUGGUGGACAGUGCAAAUGGUGGCAGUGGCAAAGGGUUCAACUGGGAGAAAUUCCAAAUGCCAUCUGUUAAGAGCAAGAAUGGCUGGUUAUUAGCAGGAGGCCUUCACGCAGACAAUGUUUGCCAAGCUGCUUCUGCUCUAAAUCCAGAUGGCCUGGAUGUUAGCAGUGGCGUAUGUUAUCCAGACGGUUUACGGAAGGACCCUGAGAGAAUACAUUCCUUCAUGAGCAGAGUAAAAAGUUUGAGCUCCCAAUAAACUGGAACUGUGCUUUCUGCUCUUUCUAUCAUAGUUUUCUUGGUCCAGUAUCUCGAAAUUGAAUAAAUAUCCUCGAUAAUGAAAAUAAAUGGAGUCCACAAAUGAUGACAGUGAUGGUCCUUGGUAUCACAUAGUGGUUGAAAUUUCAA